GAAAACGCCGCGCAAAUCCUGAGACGUGCAGAUGGCGUCCUCCCAAUGUCGUCUAGCUUCAUUCCAGUUCAGGCCGUGGCUUUCCUUGUUCAGUUCUCCCUCAACCCAUGCUCUUUAAUACUACCGCUCAUCGCAAUUCAUCCGCUCGACAUGUUUGCUUUCAGUCCAUUCUCUUAUCCUUGCAUUCAUUUCUAUCGUUGAUGAGCCUGGUCUCAUCUAGACUUGUUUAAUUGUCCCUCAUUUCGACGUUCAAGGCAGGCCCUUCGUCCUUCUCUCUCCUACAAAACUUGUUCAUAAAGCACUGGUGCCAGGAGAACAACCCUCAUUUCUUGAACCUGGCCUGUGACUGGAUAUCCAUCAUCGUCAUCAAGAUGGCCAGACUUGAUCUUUUCCUCUUCACAUUCUUUUGCAUUGCCGCUGUGCUGGCCAGCCCCAUUAAGCAAAAACAGAAACGCUCAUUCAAAAUCCCGCAAAUCCCAAACCCAAACUACAAGCCCAAUGGCAAAAGAGCCUACAAGCGAGCAUUGUUCAAGUUCGGGCUUGGGGACAUCAGCUUCCUCCCGGACGGAGAAGUCGCUACCAGAAUCAAAGCAUCAACAGAGGCUGCUGUGGACGACGACAGCAAUUCGGACGGAGCGACAAACGCCUCUCCCACUCAAAACGAUGCUCAAUUCUUAUCCCCUGUUACUAUCGGUGGUCAGACCUUGAUCAUGAACUUUGACAGUGGUUCGUCGGAUACGUGGGUUUUCAAUACCAAUUUACCAGUUGCUGCUCAGCAAGGUCAUACCAUCUAUGACCCCUCCAAAUCUACCACAUUUCGAAACCUGCAAGGCACUUUCAAUAUCACAUACGGUGACAGCUCUUUUUGUUCAGGGCCUGUCGGUUUCGAAACUGUCGACAUUGGUGGCGCCACAGUUGAAGCCCAAGCCAUUGGCUUACCCGACAUUGUUUCCCAGUCCUUUGUGACAGACUCGCAUUCCAACGGCCUCGUUGGUCUUGCAUUUUCUCGCCUCAACACCAUUCGUCCCCAACAACAAAAGACCUUCUUCGAUAACAUCAUGGCCGAUUUGACUCUCCCUGUCUUUACCGCACAACUCAUCUCAGGCCAGGUUGGCUCAUAUGAAUUCGGCAACAUCGACACCACCGCCUUUGUUGGCAACCUCAGCACUGUUCCUGUCGAUAGUUCAAGGGGUUUCUGGGAAGUCCCUUCGAGGUCGGCCAUCAUUGGAGGCCAGACCGUUGAAAUUCCCAGCGGGCGAACCAUCAUUGACACCGGCACAUCUCUUAUGCUUGUUGGUGACGAAAUGUUGGUGGCUUACUGGAGUACUGUCCCCGGGGCGCAACUCAGCCAAGAUGCAGGCGGAGUGAUUUUCCCGUGCAACACUGCUCUCCCAGAUCUCCAGGUGGCCAUCGGCGACGACUACUUUGCCACCGUCCAGGGCAACGGUAUGAAUUUUGCCCAAGUUGGCAGAGACAGAAACACAGGAACUGAAUUUUGCUUCGGUGGUCUUCAAUCGAAUCAAGGUCUUCCAUUCGCCAUUUACGGCGAUGUGUUCUUCAAGUCCCAAUUUGUCGUCUUUGAUGGUUCGGGCCCUUCACUGGGGAUCGCUCCACAUGCGUAGGCUCGUCGCGAGCCCUCAGAAGGUGUCGUCUGGGUUGUCGAUGUUUGGCAUAGCGAAGGAGUUUCAGGUUGAUAUGAGGUUGUCACUAAUCUCUCCCGUGAAGUCAUGAUGUUGCAUCUUCCACGAAAAGUUACACGAUGUCAUGACAUUACAACGACGUCUCGGACAUAGAAUCAAGUAUCUGAAGAUGAAGAACCAAAAAAUUGCAAUCAUACUUGUCUCACAAGAAUUGUCUUGAUCGUUCAUUCCAUCAUCCAC